UUCCGGCGGUCAUACACACGACUCCCCGCCCAUAUGAUCUUACUACAUAACCACCACCAGUCAUUCUUAUGAAACAAAAAACAUUGAACUGUGUUUACUGCAGCGCUUUCAACACAACACACUAAAUUUGUGUUUUAAAAAAGAUGUCUAUUUACAGGAAUGCCGUUUGGUUGGUGAAAGGACUCCAGGAGUACACAAAGAGCGGCUACGAAGCUGCGGCGAAGCAUUUUGUUCCAGCUGACCUGGAUGUAACCCUGAGUGGGAGGUCCUUCAUGAUAACAGGUGCCAAUAGUGGGAUAGGGAAAGCCACGGCACAGGAAUUAGCCAACAGAGGGGGAACCAUUCACAUGGUGUGCCGAAACAAGGGCCGAGCAGAAGCAGCCAAAGAGGAAAUUGUGGAAAAAAGUAAAAAUCAGAACAUUCAUGUCCACAUCGUUGACAUGUCCAGUGCGAGACAGGUGUGGGAGUUUGCAGAGAGUUUCUCUCAAAGCAACAUGGUUCAUGUGCUGAUUAACAAUGCCGGCUGUAUGGUCAACCAGAGGGAGUUAACGGAGGAGGGUUUGGAGAAGAACUUUGCCACAAAUACACUCGGUACAUACAUCCUCACCACAGCACUGAUUCCUGCACUUAAGAAGGCUGAAGAUCCAAGAGUGGUCACCGUGUCGUCAGGCGGCAUGCUGACACAGAAACUGAACGUGGACGACCUGCAGUUUGAGAAGGGGACGUUUGACGGCACCAUGGCCUACGCCCAGAACAAAAGACAGCAGGUGAUUCUCACAGAGAGAUGGGCUUCUCAGCACAAAGAGAUCCACUUCUCCUCCAUGCACCCCGGCUGGGCAGACACACCAGCUGUCCAGACGUCCAUGCCUUCAUUCCACGCCAAGAUGCAGUCCAAGCUUAGGACGGAGGCCAUGGGGGCCGACACCACAGUGUGGCUCGCUGCGUCUGCAGCCGCCGGGAAGCAGCUGAGCGGACUCUUCUUCCAGGAUCGCAAAGCUGUGGCAACACACCUGCCGCUGGCCUCCUCCAGGUCCACACCUCAGGAGGAGGAAAAGCUCCUGGCUGCGCUGGAGGAGUUCGCCCUCAAGUUCAAACCUUAAUACGGCUCUAAAUGCACAUGUCUUUAUAACCAAACAGUCCUCAAUAACUGCCAAUGUUUACAUAAUCAGGUUAUUUUUAUUCAAUGUACAGGAUGCUUUUUUACAAAGAAGAAUUCUAAAUCUAAAUCUUCUUUAAACACACGUAUAAAAAUUAUUUAUUGGUGUAUUAAUCAAGCCUACUGGGAGAAAUGAAGAUCAGAAAUGCUUAAAUAUUAAUGUAACCCAAAAUACUUAUCUGUAUUUUAAUUUCUGUUUAAUAUAUUUUUUAAUUUCAGGCCAUUGGUGGCGGAUGAUGGUCUGGAUCAUGUUUGGUUAUUUUCUAAUUAAAUAUAUUUAUACAUU